AUGGACUGUAGCUGUGUCUCAGACCUUCUCUUCGCCCCGCCUGCCCUGCCGGCUCUCUGGACCCCUGGGUUUGCUUUCCCAGACUGGGCCUACAAGCCGGAGUCCUCGCCUGGCUCGCGGCAGAUCCAGCUGUGGCACUUUAUUCUGGAGCUGCUGCAGAAGGAGGAGUACCAGGGCGUCAUCGCCUGGCAGGGGGACUACGGGGAAUUUGUCAUCAAGGACCCGGAUGAGGUGGCCCGGCUCUGGGGGGUCCGCAAGUGCAAGCCCCAGAUGAACUAUGACAAGCUGAGCCGGGCUUUGCGGUGAGGAGGGGCAGUGGGCCCCGGAGGACAUGGGGCGUGCCAGU